AUGGCGACCUUCGAAGAAGUAAACACGCCACGAACAGAAAAUUUUGGCGUUCCGCGCGGAUCUCUUGGAUCCGCGGUGGAGCACCCUGGUGGCGCCUCCGGCGCCGCCCCUGGCGCGCUCCGCUCGCCAGGGAAGGGGGCCCUUGCGCAGAUCCAAGAAAUCCGCGCGGACUGUCCAAAGUGUAUGUUUAUGCCGUUUUCUGUUCCUCCAGAGACGGCCACUCGCGCCGACAACGACCGCGAUGACGCGUCGGAGUGCAGCGGAGGAGGAGGAGGACCGACAGGGCGCAGAUGGCGCAACCGCGCCUGUUAG